AGGUCUCCAGUUUGUCUGUGAUAGACGGAGGGCAGAGAAAAAGAAAAAGGAGAGGUAGAGGCUGCAGGGCAUAUUGCGUAUCAUGCAUCACCUCUCUGCGCCGAGAGGCGACAUGUGACUCCACUAAGCGCCGUCAUGGGCAAAGGAUGCCCCGGGGCCACUUCAGUGUCAGCGCUCUCACGUAGUCGGGGACGCGACCUAUGGGGACCAAUUGAUCAGGGACGGACGCACAGUUGUGAAAAACUAUGAAGGCAAAAGGUUCAUCGUCUGAGGGUCUGUGAGAGCCAUGGAUAACCUUUUUCGGAGAAAGCGGGUCGGUCUGCUAAAACCCCUGCUGAGCCUGUCUCUGGUGUUUGCGUCUUUUCUCAUGAUCCACAAGCUGAAAGUGGCAGAAAAGGAUGGAGUGGGAGUCAAACACAUGAGGGAUACCUCCUGGUGCGGCUCCGAGUGUUUUUCAUUCAAGAAGGGAGUCGUGAAAAAUAGUUUGGUGAACUCGGACACUCCAGCGAUUGGCAACGAUUUGGAUGCGCAACGGGUCUCCAAUCGGACUCCGGCUCUCUGGGACGCGCAGGUUAUCAACUGCAGCGAGGACGCGUCGGUGAAGAACCAAGACUGGUUCCGGCGCUUGGACCCUAGAUUUCACCAGUUUGUUCUGCACAGACACUGCAGGUACUUCCCCAUGAUCCUCAACCACCCGGAGAAAUGCACGGAUGGAGAGGUGCACCUCCUCAUGGUGGUGAAGUCCGUUAUCGAGCAGCACGACCGGCGGGAGGCGGUGCGUAAAACCUGGGGUAAGGAGCACACGCUGGGUGGGAAGAAAAUCAAGACUUUAUUUCUUUUGGGAAGUCCGACGACAGGCAAAGACACCAAGAACCUCCAGAAACUGAUCGAGUACGAGGACAGGAUCUACGGGGACAUCCUCCAGUGGGACUUUAUGGACACCUUCUUCAACCUGACACUGAAAGAGGUGAACUUUCUCAAAUGGUUUAACAUCUACUGCUCUGAUGUGCAGUUCAUAUUCAAAGGAGACGACGAUGUGUUCGUGAACACGCACAACCUGCUGGAGCUCAUCGGCUUCAAGGUGGAGGAGCACAAGGAAGCCGACUUGUUUAUUGGGGACACCAUCUCCAAGGCGAUCCCUAUCCGAAACCGGCAGAGCAAAUACUACAUACCCAAAGAGCUGUACGAUAAGCCAUAUCCCCCUUAUGUUGGAGGUGGGGGGUUUCUGAUGUCCUCCCAAAUGGCCAGGAAGCUCUUUGUGGUCUCGGAGGACCUGGAGUUGUACCCGAUCGACGAUGUGUUUUUGGGGAUGUGUCUGCAGAAGCUUCACUUGGCCCCAGUCAUGCACCCGGGCUUCAGGACCUUUGGCAUCACCAGACGCAGGGUGAGCCCCAUGAACAGCGAGCCAUGCUUUUAUAAAAGCCUCAUUGUGGUGCACAAACUGAGCGCGCAGGAGCUGCUCAGGAUGUGGAGCGUGGUGUACAACGAGGACCUGAUAUGCGCCAAAAAGACCUCCAUAUGAUCAUCAGUAAAUACAUUAAUUGACCGAAGCUGAACUGAUAGCUGGAAUACAGUUUUUAACUGAUCAUGAUCACAUGAUGAGCUUUAUUGAAUUCGAUGAGUCAUGUAGUGAACCAAGGAAACAGCUAUGAUUUUUGUCCAGUCAUUAAACUGUCACUGAUUUUAUGUUAAAUGAAAACGAUCGCAUGAACAGGUUGGGAUUCCUCUCCACUAGUCCUACUUUGAUUUUCUGUCCAUUUUGUGAAACCACUACCACUCCACAAACAUCCCAGCAAGGUUUCUAGGCUUCUUACUCUUGGUGCCAUUUCAGACUGGAGUUCCAUCAAUGUUGAUGUAGAGACAUGUAAUGGUUUUAGUGUCUGUUUGUGCAGGCAUGAAUAAGACUUGACUUGUUACAUCCAGGUGUUCCUCUGAAACUGCUGAUUUGAUCUUCACACCCUGAUUUCAGGAUUUCAGUGUGACUGUCAGAGUGAACUCUGUGGACUGACAGCACACAGCGUGGAGCAAACAGAUGCGUUUAUAGUUGAUUAUUUUCUACUGACACUGUACAAAUCAAAUCUUUUUUUGUAAGUUAAUAUAUUGUUUUUAUGUAUUAAUUAAUUUGUGUAUGAUUUACAGAGGCACAAACCAAAGACACCAAAAGGGCUGUAAUAUGUAAUUUGUGUAAAUAAAAGUGGAACUCUCUAUCAACUGUGUAAAUACAUGGAUGUUGAAACAUGUAAAUUUAUGUUGUAAACAUCUCGGGAAUAGCACACACGCACAUUCAGCUUAAUGUAGCUUUAUUUAAACAAAUACAGACUUUUUAAUGCAGAAAAUAAAUUGCAAUUUCAUGACAAAAUUAUAAUUCAGAAAAUACUGAUGACUGCACAUAAACAUAAUCAAUACAGAAGCAUAUUAAAGCCAACGUAAUGGACUGGGAGGUUAAAAACCAAAUAUACUCUCUUAUACUGCACAUCAACUAUAUUUGUGUUGUGUUAGUCAUUUUUCCACUAAAACAGUUAUCACACAAUAAUAAAGAUUCACCUUAUUAUUAUUACAAUUUCUAAAAGUAUACUGAGUAACCUCAGACUACUUUAGGGAUGUUUCUGUUCUUGGCUGUGGGUGAAUCACAGAUAUAUUACAAUCAACAUGGUCGUAACACACAAUAUAAGUAACAG